AUGAAUGAUCCGGAGAUGAACAAUCUGACCAAGAACGAAAAGGCGGGUUAUAUUGUGGCUCUCCAUGAGCACCGUGAUCAAAAGAUUGUCAAAGAGCUCGACAACUUGCGUAUUCGCACUGGCACCUAUGCCACUCUAUUCGUUAUUCGCAGUCACAUCAACGACACAAUCCAGAGUACUAUGCAUGGUACAGAUAAUUCAGAUGAUUUCUGGGAAAAUGUAUAUGACCUUCCAAUGGCCGACUUCCUCCGGCAGUACAAACAAUCGGCUUGCACGCAAAAUCAAAUCGCUGUGACCGGGAAAAAAGACAUUGCAAUGAAUUACAACAACUACAACACGGCAAUCAUCGAAACAUAUGCAGCUCAGCUUGUAGGUUGGCCCCCAGGUAUCAACUUCAUCAGCCCAUCGAAUAUCGGGACUGUUGGUGAGAUCUGGAGGAUUUGUGAUGCCUCAAAGGCCUGGACAUGCUACUGGAUCACGCUGACGCCUGCGGAAGUUAAAACCCACACCGCCAACCUCAAUGAGCACCGUUCAGCGGGGGAAAUCAUUAGGAAGCCAUGCAAAAAGUGUUCAGAUGCCGGCACUUCUCGCAAAUGCAAGGCUCCAUCAACCGUGGGUCACACAAACAAGCAGACCAAAUGUUCGUCAAAGAAGGCCAAGAAGAACUCUGACCAGGAUCAUAAGGUUCCCAAAAGUGUAGAGUUCAUUGUCUCAUCUGACGAGGAAGAGAUUGAGGACUUGUAG